GCCGAUGUGGUUCCUUCUAGCAGACAACGCCGCCGGCGGGGGAGUUCUAUAUUGUGAGAUGGGGAACGCGCAUCCUGGCAUUGCAAUCCACCUACAAGGGGAGGCAUCGUCGUCUUCGUCUUUAUCAGCAUCGAUGGAGAGAUGUCAUGUUCUUCGUAAGCCGCCAGUUGCGUGCACCGGUACAGGCUGCAUCUUUUGCGCGUGUGCUAUCACGGCGAGGUAUGCUGCUACACAGAUAUCAACUCGAAGAAACAGCGUGCCGGAGGUGAACGCGGUUGGGGAAGUAACACACCUGACGGCGGAUGGAUUGGCCUGAGCCGGCAGAAUCAAUGAGCCCAAAUUAGUCUUGUUGUUUGUUUCAAAUAUUCAGUUUGAGGUCUAAAUUUCACCAAUAUAUGGCUUUUAUUUACGUUCCCUACAACAUACCAAUUCAUCUGAAU